AUGGUGCGGCCAGUUCACGGUUCUGUGGUGCUUGGCCUGUUGUUGGGCUUGUUGCUGGUGGUGGUCGCUGCCAGCGGGCUGGAGUCUCAUCAUCAUGAAGAGGACCACCAGGUCGAGGUGAGCGUCGAGGGGGUGGCUUCGCGGUUCCCUAUGCGCAAGUCGACGACGCCGCCCGAGGUGCAGGUGCAGGCCGUGCAGGGUCUCAUCGGACGGCUGCUGGGCGCCUCCUACGUGCCUCGCUUCCAGCUCUCCAUUUCACCAACACCGCAAGAAGAUGAAAGUAGCACUUCGGAUCACGACUUCUACACGCUCUCCACAACCACAGUGGGAGGAGUGACGCAGGUGCAGAUCCAAGGGUCGUCGGGCGUGGCGCUGGCGUCGGGCCUCCACUGGUACCUCAAGUACUCGUGCAACUGCUCGGUCUCCUGGGGCGUGGCCGGCUCCGGCAACAACCUCGCUCUCCCCUCCUCGCUGCCAUUGCUGUCGAAGCCGCUGACGAUGCAAUCGCCGGUGAAGUACCGGUACUACCUCAACACGUGCACGCACAGCUAUUCGUCGGUGUGGUGGCAGUGGGACCGCUGGGAGCAGGAGAUCGACUGGAUGGCACGUAACCAUGGCCUCCUCACCACUCAUCGUUUGCUGGCGCUGCACGGGAUCAGCCUGCCGCUGUCAUCGACGGGCCAGGAGUCCAUCUUCGCCGAGGUCUUCAAGGCUCUAGGCCUGACCGAGGACGACCUCGCCAGCUUCUUCGUCGGCCCUGCCUUCUUGGCCUGGGGCCGCAUGGGCAACAUCCAGGGCUGGGGCGGGCCUCUCGACCUUGCGUGGCGUCUGGCGCAGGCCGAACUGCAGAAAAAGAUCGUCGAGCGACAGAGAAUGUUCGGCAUGCUGCCCGUUCUUCCGGCCUUCGCCGGCUUUGUGCCCGAAGCGAGCGUCAAGUUCACUCUUGGUCGUGGUGGUGGCUGUGGUGAACAAGGCAUCAAGCGGAUUUACCCGACGGCCAACCUCACCAAGUCGGCCGACUGGGCCGGCUUCCCGCACCAAUACACCAACGUCUACUUCCUGUCGCCCCUCGACUCGCUCUACAAGACCAUCGGGAGCAAGGUCAUCCGCUUGGUGGAGGAAGAGUUCGGGACAGACCACAUCUACAACGCCGACACGUUCAACGAG